CCCUUUUGAAAACGCGUUAGGAACACACUGCAGCUGCCGGCAUGUCCGAAGUUGGUAAGGCGUUGGAUGUGCUGCUCCAGGAGGCGGAGGAGCUGUGCAUCGGGAGCAGCGUGGUGGAGCUGGACAGGAUUCCCACGGCACUGGAGUUCUGCCGCGAUUACUACUCCAAGAACCAGCCGGUGGUCAUCCGGCAGGCACUGUCGUGGCCGGCAAUCGGGAAAUGGACGCCGGAAUACCUGAUCCAGGCGCUGGGGGACAAGACGGUGGACGUGGCCAUCACCCCGAACGGCUAUGCCGAUGGCCUGGCCACGCAGAAGGGCAAGGAGUACUUCGUCCUGCCGCUGGAGACGAAAAUGAAGCUGUCCGAGCUGGUCCGCCGUCUGGAUGAUCCCACGGGGGCCGUCCACUACAUCCAGAAGCAGAACUCCAAUCUCAGCGUGGAUCUGCCGGAACUGGCAGCUGAUUUGAGGAUCAGUGAUUUGGACUUUGCCCAGCAGUCCUUCAACAAGCCACCCGAUGCCGUCAACUUUUGGUUGGGCGACGAGCGCGCGGUGACCUCCAUGCACAAGGAUCCCUACGAGAACCUGUACUGCGUGAUAUCCGGCCACAAGGACUUCAUCCUCAUCCCGCCGCACCAGCUGAGCUGUGUGCCCCGGCGCAUUUAUCCCACCGGCGUUUACAGGACCUCGGAGGAUGGGCAGUUCCACAUAGAAGCCAUCCGGGAUGAGGAUGGCAACGAGCAGCUCACGGAAUGGGUCAGCAUCGAUCCCCUGGCCCCCGACCUGGCCACAUAUCCGGAGUACGCCCGCGCCCAGCCGCUCAGGGUGCGCGUUCAUCCCGGCGACAUCCUGUACCUGCCCAACUACUGGUUCCACCACGUCUCCCAGAGCCACAAGUGCAUCGCCGUGAACUUCUGGUACGACCUGGACUACGACAGUCGCUACUGCUACUACCGCAUGCUGGAGCAGAUGACCAGUGGCAGGAGAUAGACAAGACUAGACUAUCUUCCUCACGGGUUGUUAUCAAAAUGAAAGCAAGAUGGUGCUUGUUGUCUUCAGUGUAAUAGAUAUAUAUAUAUAUAUAAUAUUGUUACAUAAUUUAAUGUUAAAUAAAAAACUAUAUGCCAAAUGAAAAUGGGUCACGGUCAAACAAGAA